AUGUCUGAGGGAGAGAGCAAGCAGACCCCUGACACAGCCCAGGACGUGAAGUCGGACUCCACAGGUCAAGGAGUGUCAUCUGUGUCCCCACCUAUGUCCAUGGUGUCCCAGCCUCAGGCCACCGCCGCCACCGAGGAUGAGGAAGAGGAGAGCGAGGAUGAGUCAGAGAUUUUGGAGGAAAGCCCCUGUGGACGCUGGCAGAAACGCAGAGAGGAGGUGAAUCAGCGCAACGUCCCCGGGAUUGACAAUGCUUACUUGGCCAUGGACACAGAGGAAGGAGUGGAGGUGGUGUGGAAUGAGGUCAUGUUCUCAGAAAGGAAGAAUUUUAAACUACAGGAGGAGAAAGUCAAAGCCGUUUUUGACAAUUUGAUCCAGUUGGAGCAUUUGAACAUUGUCAAGUUCCACAAGUACUGGGCCGACGUCAAAGAAAACAGAGCAAGGGUUAUUUUCAUCACCGAGUACAUGUCUUCAGGAAGCCUCAAACAGUUUCUGAAAAAGACAAAGAAGAACCACAAGACCAUGAAUGAGAAGGCCUGGAAACGCUGGUGCACACAAAUACUGUCUGCUCUCAGCUACCUGCACUCCUGUGAACCUCCCAUCAUCCACGGCAACCUGACCUGCGACACCAUCUUCAUCCAGCACAACGGCCUCAUCAAGAUCGGCUCAGUUGCUCCGGACACCAUCAAUAACCAUGUGAAAACCUGCCGGGAAGAGCAGAAGAGCCUUCACUUCUUUGCUCCAGAAUACGGAGCUGUUGCCAACGUUACCACAGCCGUGGAUAUCUAUUCCUUUGGAAUGUGCGCCUUAGAGAUGGCUGUGUUGGAAAUCCAGAGUAAUGGAGAUUCGUCUUAUGUGUCCCAAGAAGCCAUAAACAGUGCCAUUCAGUCCCUAGAGGACCCGUUGCAACGGGAAUUUAUCCAGAAGUGUCUGGAGGUGGACCCCUGUAAGCGACCCACAGCUAGGGAACUGUUGUUUCACCAGGCCUUGUUUGAGGUGCCCUUACUCAAGCUGCUGGCUGCACACUGCAUCGUCAGCCACCAGCAUAUGAUUCCAGAGAAUGCUUUAGAAGAGAUGACAAAGAACAUGGACCCUAACUUGGUGAUUGUCGAGGCCAAAGAUGGAGUUCAGAUGAAGCUCUCUCAGUUUCCUGCCCUUGAGCUGGACAAGUUCCUGGAAGACGUAAGGAAUGGGAUCUAUCCUCUGACUGCGUUCGGGAUCCCGUGUCCACAACAACCUCAGCAGGAGACCGUGAAGUCACCCAUAGUUCCCCCCUCAGUGAAAACCCCGACUCCUGAACCUGCAGAGCUGGAGACCAGGAAGGUCCUUCAGAUGCAGUGCAAUAUUGAGCCUGUUGACGAGGGCACAAAGCAUCAUCUCACCCUGCUGCUGAAACUUGAGGAUAAAUUAAACAGGCACUUAAGCUGUGAUUUGUUACCAAAUGAGAGCGUGCAGGAGCUGGCUGUGGAGCUCGUUCAGCUGGGAUUCAUCAGUGAGGGCGAUCAGCCGCGACUUGCAUCCGUUCUCGAAGAGGCCUUCUCAAAGUUCUACAGCCGGAACGGCUCUCUCAAUCCGGUGACUGUUUCCUCGUAGCGGAGGACUCGUUCGGCCUUCGUUCAGCCCUCCUCGUCCUCUUACGACAGGACUAGCUUUUUUUUGCUCCACCUCUGAGUUGCAGGAAAGCUUUGACGGAGGAGGAAGCCUUGGUCUGGUUGCAGAUCGUGCAGCCUGUUGUUGUAUCUUCUGGUGGGGAAAAAGCUGCCACUACGUGGUUGUUGCUUUCUAUCGUUUUUUUCGUUGUUGUUUUUUCCCCCUCCCACCCAAUACAGCCAUCUGCUUCUCUUUUAAAAGAGGAAAUCCUAGUCGCAACUUACAGGAAAAUACAAAGUUUUCACUUUUUGGCUUCGGUUAACGUUAGAAGUAAGCCACAUAAAACUGGAUAACAGCAGUAUUUUCCUUAAGUCAGUAUUAAAACUGUAUUUUAAACAUUUUUACUUAAAAUUGUUAAAUAGUUGUCUGUAUGGAAAAAAAAAAAAUCUUUGUCCCGGCAUACUGAAGUGUGUGUGUGUAUAAUGUUGUAAGAUAAAGUCUGAUCCUUUAAACCUUCUCUUGAGCAGCGAGUGAGGCAUCUUCCUACCUUGUACUGGUUUCUUUCGAAGGCUCAAUCAAGCAAUUGUAAUGCAACAGAUGCAACGUCAGAAUUCUGUAAUUAUACAACAUAGUCAUGAAACGUGCGGCUGCGACGCAAUCUGAAGAGCUGCGGCUAAAGUAUAUGAAAAAAAACAAACUAUUUAUUUGUGUAUCUUUUCUUGAGUGUGUUCUGUAAUUCACUUCCAGCACUAAGGUCGGUGGUUGUUUGAAUGUAUGCUUUUAGUUGCUCUCUUUUCUUCGAAUCAAGCAGUUUAUUUUCUGUGGAAAAAAAAGGAGGGGGGGUGGUUGUCGUCUCUCGACUGUGGUCCAAUUAACUACUGUAGCUUCUGUUUUUACAAGUAGCCCAUCGCAGCACUCGAAGUUGUCUAUAGGUGGCAUUGUACGCACGAGAGGUCGGUGUGUAGGGCAUGUGAAGAUGCUCUCGCGUUGAGGUACAUGAUCCGAUGGAUGUUCGUCAACCGGUUCGGUGAAUGCAUGUACGCUUCUCUGUGCGUAACUGGAAACCGAUGCAUGCAACAAGCUCGCUUCAGGAGUCGUCCUCGUUUUUAACCAACGCGGUGAUAGACGCCAGUAAUUUAUCAUCCAAGAGGACGUAUUAAUCAACGUAUGUGGCUCUGAGUAAUUACUUCAUGUCGGAGGUAUUCUGAGCUAAAACUUGACCUCCCGCGUAGAUAUUCAGUUACUGGCUUCUGUGUUAACUGUUUGGGGCUCUCUCUCUGCUAGUUUGCACUGCUGUACACUUUUUAUAUCCUGUCUGAAAAUGUCCUGGGGCCUCGGGCUCCUUCACACCAACAGGAGGAACUUAGACGAUUUGGAAAAAUGGUGUCAUUGAAAUUUUAGUCUGUGAUCGAGUCUUGUCUUGUCGAUGCUGUGACUACCUUCUGAUAGGGUCUGUAGAUACUGCGAGAUACAAGUGUGGGACUGCCUGGCAUGCUUGUAACCAUCUUGUACACUGUAUGCUGGACACUGUGCUCUGUUUCUGCAACGCAUUUAUCCUUUUUUCACUUCCUGAAAUAAAAAUUUACACUAUCAGCACUUCA